AGCCUGGUCAACUGAGAAUGAGCAUUCACAAGUGCCAGAUUCUAAAGAGAUGAUGAGCAAAGCCUAACCCAGAAGAGACUAACAACUCCGUUGCAAGCCCCGCUGCUUCUGACCUUGUUCACAGCAGGCGUCAACUGCAGCCUCCCAACUUCCACACAACAUACAGACUGGGAAAAAGAAAAAUCACUCAUCCGGAGCUUCCCUGACCCAGGAGGGUGGGUCAGUUCAAGGAGGAUUCAAAUCCAGCUGCUGCAGGAAGAUGAACUCCACCCACCACCAUGGCAUGUAUACCUCCCUCCACCUCUGGAACCGCAGCAGCUACGGGCUGCACGGCAAUGCCAGCGAGUCCCCAGGGAAGGGGUAUUCCGAUGGAGGAUGCUAUGAGCAACUUUUUGUCUCCCCCGAGGUGUUUGUGACCCUGGGUGUCAUAAGCCUGUUGGAGAACAUUCUAGUAAUUGUGGCGAUAGCCAAGAACAAGAAUCUGCACUCACCCAUGUACUUUUUCAUCUGUAGCCUGGCUGUGGCAGAUAUGUUGGUGAGCGUUUCGAACGGGUCGGAAACCAUCGUCAUCACCCUGCUGAACAGCACAGAUACGGACGCGCAGAGCUUCACCGUGAAUAUUGAUAAUGUCAUUGACUCUGUGAUCUGUAGCUCCUUGCUUGCAUCCAUCUGCAGCCUGCUUUCCAUUGCAGUGGACAGGUAUUUCACUAUCUUUUACGCACUCCAGUACCAUAACAUUAUGACGGUGAAGCGGGUCGGGAUCAUUAUAAGUUGUAUCUGGGCAGCUUGCACGGUGUCGGGCAUUCUGUUCAUCAUUUACUCGGACAGCAGCGCUGUCAUCAUCUGCCUCAUUACUAUGUUUUUCACCAUGCUGGUUCUCAUGGCCUCGCUCUAUGUCCACAUGUUCCUGAUGGCGAGGCUUCACAUUAAGAGGAUCGCUGUCCUUUCAGGCACUGGCACCAUCCGCCAGGGUGCCAAUAUGAAGGGGGCAAUUACCUUGACCAUCCUGAUUGGGGUCUUUGUUGUCUGCUGGGCCCCCUUCUUCCUCCACCUGCUCUUCUACAUCUCUUGUCCUCAGAACCCAUACUGUGUGUGCUUCAUGUCCCACUUUAACUUGUAUCUCAUACUGAUCAUGUGUAAUGCCGUCAUUGACCCUCUCAUUUAUGCACUCCGGAGUCAAGAACUGAGGAAAACCUUCAAAGAGAUCAUCUGUUUCUACCCCCUGGGAGGCAUCUGUGACCUGUCUGGCAGAUAUUAAGUGGGGACAGAGUGUAUUCUAGAAACCUGCAGACUCUCACUCGGGCACAACCCGAGCAGCAUCCUCUGCAAGAGCUGCCGCUUCUGUGUAGUGCUUCGGUUGAAAAUGUCUACUGGGUAAAUUUAAGUUUAUGACUUUUGAAGUGGAAAAAAAAGUCUAAAGUUGCUAUUUUUAAUGUCAUGCUACUUUUUUUUGUAUGUCAAAUGCUUAUUUAUGUUCUAUA